GAAACAAUGUUUGCAAACUAUUUGCCACUUAUAUUGAUAGCGAUUCACACGAUUGGGUCGACUCUAGCCGUGAAUACGACCACCGAAUCCAUUGAUAACCACAACAAGACUACAGCCGAAGACGAGUACGUGGUUUGCGAUCAGAAGCGUAUCGGCAAUCGGUUGGUGACCACCGGUCGGGAACACGUGUGCAAAGUCGAGUGCUAUACGGCGCAGAACAGGCCGGGUCUGUGUCAGGUUUGGGCACUCAAUCCGUGCAAAACUCUGCACAUUACAGACAUUGACGGCCCGAAUGUAGUUAAAUGCAAACUCAACCAAAAGGGCGUCAAAUUUGAGUCCAUUUGCUGUCCAUUCAAACGCGAAACACCCGAACCCACGAAAGCGCCGGUUAUUACCCCUCCGACAACUCCGCAAACAACUACUACUGCCAACAAUUCUGGCACUAAAUUUGGAAUCAGCGCUCAGCCAAACACGUGGCCGUGGAUUGUGUCGGUCUACGAGCGGCCGUCGCCCACAUCUGUGCCCCGAUUCCUGUGCGGCGGCGCUAUAAUCAACGAGCGGUACGUUCUGUCGGCCGCUCACUGUUUCGUGCGCUACGGACCGGGCGGUGGCGCCGGAGUGGGUAAUGUCAGGGCCAACCGGUUUCUCAUCAAAUUUGGCGGCCAUCGGCUGUCGGACCCGAAGAUACCGUUCCGAGAGGUGGCAGCGAUUAUACCCCACAAAGACUAUAACGCGGUUCAACACUAUCACGACAUAGCGCUCAUCAAAAUGAGACACAAGAUUGAGUUCAUGCCGACAGUGGGCCCGAUAUGUCUGCCAAGGGGUCAACUGUUCGCCAAUAGGGGUGAGUUUGUGGGCAAUGCGUCCAAACUGGUCGGUUGGGGCGCCACUCGGUUCGGCGGUGUUGUGAGCGAUGAGUUGCGCGAAGUGGACGUCAAUAUCCUCGACAGGAAGUCCUGUCAUCGAAACUACACUCAAUUAAGUGGACAUCAAAUUGGUUUCCCUAACGGUAUUAACGGUCAGUUGAUGUGCGCCGGAGUUCUCGGCGGCGGAAAGGACUCGUGUCAGGGCGAUAGUGGCGGACCACUGGCGCUGGCCAUCGAUGGCAAGUGGUAUGAGUUGGGUAUUGUGUCGUUUGGGUACAAAUGUGCUGAACCCGGAUAUCCAGGAAUCUAUACACGAGUCCAGAAUUUCAUGAAUUGGAUUCUUAUGAAUAUUAAAUGAAUUCUUUAUACGAGACUUGUUUUUACAAGAAAUAAAUCC